AAUAAUAAAAAUAUAUAUCAAUGUCUUCUACGUGUAUAAGUGAUAGAAAAAAUAUGUUCAUUAAUUCAUUUAAACAAAAAAUCAAAUCCCAUUUUAAUUGUGACACAAAUAUAUAGAUUUAUUUUUAUUUGAAGUGCAAAAAGAGAGAAAAGACAAGUCGUCGCCUAAAACAAAAUGAUUAGGAGGAGAGGGAAAGCAAAUAGACUUUUAUCGUAUUUAUUGAAUAGAAAGUUAAUUUAUUAUAGGAAUGGUAGCUCUAAUGGUAAUUCUCGGAACAGAUCCCUAUAUAUAGCGCUAGUAUUCGCGGCAUUCUUUGCGCUAAUGAUUAUUCUCCAAAUCCUAUCGAUUGAAAAGACUAAUAAUAAUAAUAAUAUAAAUAGUUAUAAUAAUAAUGACAUGAAUUUUAAUGACAUGGAUAAAGAGAACGGAAUAUUAGGCCGUUUUAGGCUAUUUAGCAAAAAAUCGGACGAUAAAAGCGAUUUGAUAUUUGGGCCAAAAGUAGUUCAAGAAUUAGACAGAAUUUUCGAUAUAAAACACAACGCCGUGGAUGUGGUCUUAACUCAAACAAAUCAAAGUAAUAAUAUUUAUGAGAAUAAUAAUCAUCAUAAUAAAGAUGUCUAUUCCGGGGCGACAGUCGAUGAUCACUGGCAGGAAGUGUCGCACUCGCGGCACAAGUUCUUCGUCUACUCCGCCUAUUAUGACGGCAGGAAUCGACAAAAUCGUUUCAUUCGUAUAAUCGCCGCCACGAAGACUAGAACUGAUGAAAGAGUUUAUUGCAAGCUAUGGUUCGCUAACACCUAUGAGCCGAUGCGAGUGAAUGCCGUGAAUAAACUGAUUCACGAGAACUGGAAUCUCAAAUAUAGUGCCUAUUUUAUACUGUGUCCCCUCUUCGCUCACCUACCGGUUCCCGUCACUGUCUCCAUAUUCAUUAGAGACAAUUCAAAUGAUAUCAACGAACAAAGUGUUAUGCAUUCAAACAAACUUCUCAUUCAUAAUAAUGCUUUUCGAGGGCCUCUGAGUGGUAACGAUUCCGGCGAUAAUCAUAAUAACGACCUCUUGAGUGACGACAGUAUCGCUGUCUGUAUAAAGCCAUUGCAUUACGAUUACAAUAAAGUCCUCAAUUUGAUUGAAUUCAUUGAAUUGAAUCGCAUUCUGGGUGUCAAACACUUCUUCCUAUACAACCACACCAUAGGCCGGGAGGCUAACUGUGCGCUCCAUAAGUACAUCGCCUCAGGACUCGUGACAAUGCAGUCGUGGACUCUGGACAUGGAGUCCCAGAAGGAAAUCCGUACGGAGGGUCUGUUCGCCGCACUCAAUGACUGCCUCUACCGGACAGCCAAUCGAUACAAAUACGCGCUUAUGAUAGACAUCGACGAACUCAUCAUUCCCUACAGACACACAUCCCUGUCCUCAAUGCUGCAGACAAUGAGUAGGGCUCAUGGCUCGCGGACGGGCGCCUAUUCCUUUCGUAACGCCUUUUUCUACUCUCAAUGGCCGGACGACAGGUCCGUAUCGACUGCGGCGACCGGUGGCUAUCGGUUGCAAACUCUGCUCAAAACACGACGAAAAAGUCAAUUAAAUUUACACAAACAGAGGUCAAAGUGUAUCGUAAUGCCGGACAAAGUGGUGGAAAUGGGCAACCAUUUCGUGUGGGAAUUCCUACCGACCAAACUCAUGGUGAACGUCGAUCCCCGGCUGGCGGUUCUCCACCACUACCGGGUCUGUGAGUUCGGUGGCGACGAUUGCGUCAAAACGGCGUCUUUUGUCGAGCGACGGGUCCACUACUGGAAGGAAGAGCUCAUCCUAUCCGUCACCGACCGCAUCAACCAAUGGUCUAAUUACUGUCAUUUUGAUGAUGUACUCAAUAAAAUCGAUAAUUGAUUUUUGUUUUUAAAGUCAAUUCUUAAGUGAUAAUAAUUUUUACAAUAAAAUUCUCAUUCAUUCUUGUCUUUCGGUCUCAAACUAAGUCGCGAUAUGUUUCGUAG